UGCAAGUAUUAUUCAACCGUUAUAUUCUUCCUCUAAAACCCCUCUUUCAAAAACCCUAACAAUGGCAGCAAACAACCCCGAAACCCUCCAAAUCCACCGCAUCCCCCAAUCCACCUACAUCGACGCCGUUCGCUGGCUCCCCCCUCUCUCCGUCUUCGAGCGCUUCAUCCUCCUCGCGGUCUCCGACUCCAAUUCCGACGCUUCCCUCCUCGAAAUCCGUGCCCUAAACCGCUCUAACCCCUCUAUCUUAACCCCCCUAUCUUCCCUCCAACUGGCCUCCCGCACAUCCUCUCUCAAAGUCUGCCAGACCCCCCACAAGCCCCUGAUCGCGGCCUCGAGUUUUUCGGGUUCGGUUCGUUUUUUGUUUGUGGAUAAUGUGGAGGUUGGGUUUGAUGGGUCGGAGCAUAUCGUGCCCGAAAAGAGUUUACACGUGGGACCCAUUUCGUGUAUUGACUUGGGGGGAAAUGAGUUGGAGUGUGUUAGUGUUGGGGAGGAUGGGAGAGUAGGAUUGGUGAGUGUUGGUGAGGGGGAGUUGAGUGUUAGGAAGGUGUUUGAUAGUGCUGGAUUGGUGUCGUAUAGUGCGGUGAAGUGGGCUAGUCCGACGGAGUUUGUUACGGGUGGGUUGGGGUUUAGUGUGCAGUGGUGGGAUUUGAGGAAGCCGGGUGCAGCGGUAUCUCAGUUUAAGGGGAAUUGGGAUCAGGGCGCUAGCUCCGGGAUUGUGCAUUCCAUAGACAUCCAUCCAUCACGAAAACACACUUGCUUGGCAGGAGGCUCUUCUGGUACUGUUUUUACAUGGGAUAUUCGGUGGCCCCAGCAACCAAUAGUUCUUUCAGGGGCUGGGCAAGAUGCUGCAUCAGCUCGUUCACUAUCUGCAAGUGAGGUUUGGGAGGUUCAGUAUGACACUUUUACACGCUCUUCAAAUCAUAGAAUUUCAUCGACACGUGUUUUACCCGUAAUGAUGUGCUCGGAAGAUGGAAUCCUUGCUGUAACUGAAGAAGGUGAAGAACCCAUUGAGCUUCUAGUAGAACCGUGUGCUAUCAAUUGCUUUGACAUUGACAGACAAAAUCCCUCGGAUGUAAUUUGUAGCAUGGAAUGGGAGUCUGUAGCAAUAUUGUCGAGGGCUUAAAUUUUGAAGAUGGACUUGGAGUUGAAGUACCUUGGGUCAUUUCUCGUCAAAACCUCCCUCUUACACUUUGAAGAAGCCUGGUUGGCCAGUUCCGAUUAUUGGAUUCUGAAAAUUUGUUAUUCUUGAACAGGAACUUGUAAAGAUUCCUGGCUUUGGGGGGUAAUAAUCAUUAAUUUCCUCAAGAGAAAACUGACCUAGUAAAAUGCAUUCUGUAAUAUAACCCAUAGUCCAUAGAUAAUUCCUGCAAUCUCUGUGUAAUCAUCUUGUGGCUUUAAUUGUGUGUAAACAAAUUGAAUAUGGAACUCUGAUGAGAAAGAUUUAGAUCUUAUUAUGGGUUUGAUUUACCUUUUAGUGGGAAAUAAAAAGAUUUUUGUGUAAAGAUACUAAAAUUGUUUAAAGAGAACAACAGGAGGUUACGUAGACAAUCCCAAACCAUGAAAUUGAUGAAAAUUACAUCCUGCUUGUUUAUCAUAUUAUUCUAGUAUCGUUGUUAUUGUUAUAAAUUAUCAUGAUUAUUCCUGUCCGCACCGUCGGAUUAUAAUUAUUCUUGUUCCGUAUUUUGGCAGAUUGAUUGAAUAUUUGAUUAUUUAAUUAAUCUCUAAUCAAUUCAAUUAAUUUUUAAUUAAUUCUUGUUUCAUGUUAUUAAAUUUGUUUCUUGUUUUUGUGGUUAUAUAUUAAUAAUGUGCACAGACUUCUUCUUUCUUUUUUUAAAUUGAUUUUAAUUUUAAUUUUUUUAUUUUUUAGCUUGCAUAAAAACACCACAAGUAACAGGAAAUGAGGGCCCAACAUUAUCCUUCCCUAUCGUAUAGCCAGAUUUCGAAAACAAAACAAAGCGAAAAAAUUAAAAAUUAAAAAAGCCCAACUCCAUGGCAAUGGCUAUGGCUUCUUGCACCACAAAAUUCUCCGCUAAUUUCGCUAACUCCGGUCAAUUGAACAAGCCAGUUAUCAAAAACUCAGAUGGGGUUGUGAAAUUUUCAGGCUUUAAAAUCAAGAAAGUUUCAGUCAGCCUCUCCUUGUCUUCUUCGCAUUGUAUAUGUCAGUGCCAACCACUUGCUAGCCGGAGCCUCUUUUCUGCUGUUGCUUCUCCUCCAAGCGGUAAUAAUCCUCAGCCCGUUUCGAUUGUGGCCGCAAAAGGCUAUAAAAUGAAGACCCACAAGGCUUCUGCUAAACGAUUCCGGGUGACUGGAAGUGGGAAGAUUAUAAGGAGGAGAGCUGGGAAACAACAUUUGCUUGCAAAGAAGAAUAAUAAGAGGAAAUUGAGGCUUUCCAAAAUGCUACAAGUUGACCGCAGUGACUACAACAAUGUGAUUGGUGCAUUGCCCUAUCUGAAGGUAAAUCGACUAAAGUAGACAAAUGUAUCAUGGAAGACCUAACCAAAUGUAAACUCGGCGGUUCUCAAUAUUUGUGCAAAGGGCAAACUGUCUCUUUUGUUGUAAAUGACCACCUGCUCAAACAACAAUCUUGCUAGUAAGCUUUUGUUCAUUACAUGUUUUAAGUGCUCAAGUGCUUACUGGAGCUCACAUUUCUGCAACUCAUCAUGAAUAGUGCCUUUUGUGCUCAAGAUAAAAAGGUCAUUAGUCAUUACACAUCACUACAUCAGACCUUCACAGGAAGUCCUGAUUUGACCUUACCUUUCCAGGUCAAGCUGCUAUUUUUUGAGUUGCCAUAUAAAUGUUUAGUGGAUUAAGUUUGAAAAAAUGUAUCUCUUCUUCGACAUUUGUGUAGCUUAGUGUAUCUGAUUUGCUGCUUUAUCA